GAGUGGGCGGAGGGCCCCGAAAGGGAAGCGACCUUGCUUCGGAUGACGCCGGAGCCUGCUGAUCGACAACAAAAUUUCAACCAGGAAGUUCCCCAGAAAUGGAUCCGUUUUUGGAUCUGCUGAAUUUAUUCUCGAGGAGCCUUUCUCCAAAGGAGCUUGCCGAUCUCAAGUUCCUUUGCCGGGAUCGCAUCGGCAAAAAAAAGCUCGAGGCCGUGCAAACUGGCCUCGACCUAUUCGGCAUUUUCUUGGAACAGGAAAUAGUUACGAGGACCAAGGUUGAGUUCUUGGAACACGCUUUCAAAAGCCUGCAAAGAGAAGAUCUGCUGACUUUGCUCAGGCAGUUUGAAGAAGGCGCAAGUGGUGACCCGGAAGAACAGCUGGAUGCACAAGAAAAACGUAAGCUGGAGAGAGCAUUUGAGAUCAUAUGUGAUCAUGUUGGGAAAAACUGGAAAAUGCUCGUUCGAAAACUUGGCAUCCCAGAAGUCAAAAUCGAUAGAAUCGUAACCGCCAAUCCAUAUAACAUGCAUGAACAAAUGAUGCAAUCGCUUCUAGAGUGGCGGAGAUCAAGGGGGAAGGAAGCAAAGGUUGACGAUGUAAUAAAAGCCCUCAAGAACUGUCAUAUGAAACUUGCGGCAGACUGUGUUGAAGAAGCUUUGCAACUGGAAACUGGACAAUGAAAUCAAUGGGAAAAGAUGACAUGAAAUGGAAAAUUAAAGACACAGUUGAGCUGUCAUUAAAAAAAAAAAACAUUGGU